AUCUCCAAGAGGCCUGUCUCAUUCUCCCUGGGCUGUAAAAAAGAUAAAUCCUAUAUGUAAUGAUCAUUAUCGGACUAUUUACCAGAAGAGACUAACUGAUGAAGCAAAGAUUUUAAAAAGUCUUCAUCAUCCAAAUAUCAUAGGUUAUCGUGCUUUUACUGAGGCCAGUGAUGGUAGUCUCUGCCUUGCUAUGGAGUAUGGAGGAGAAAAGUCUCUAAAUGACUUGAUAGAAGAGCGAAAUAAAGAAAGCCAAGAUCCUUUUCCAGCAGCUAUAAUUUUAAAAGUUGCCUUGCAUAUGGCGAGAGGACUGAAGUAUCUGCACCAGGAAAAGAAACUGCUUCAUGGAGAUAUAAAGUCUUCAAAUGUUGUAAUUAAAGGUUAUUUUGAAACAGUUAAAAUCUGUGAUGUAGGAGUCUCUCUACCACUGGAUGAAAAUAUGACUGGUAAGUAG